CGUAUCCUCCAAUUUAUCAGGUGGCUUUGUUUGGUUUCCCUUCACUGCUAACUUCACAAAUCGCACCCGGAGAGGAAGAAGAAGACCUCGAAAUCAAUCGUCUUCGCUUUUAUCAAUGGCUGCGAUCUUAGCUCGCAAGUCUCUUUCUGCUCUUCGCGCUCGCCAGCUUGCUGUACCAAGACAAGCAUUGCAUGGUUCAAGCCAAUAUGUACUGAGAUCCAGUGCCCACUUAUAUUCCACCAAAAUAGAAGAUGAAGAUAGAAACGAGCUUGCAAAGGAGAUUUCAAAGGACUGGAGUUCUGUAUUUGAGCGGAGCAUUAACACACUCUUCCUUACUGAAAUGGUUCGCGGUUUGUCGUUGACUCUCAAGUACUUCUUUGAGCCUAAAGUUACUAUCAAUUAUCCAUUUGAGAAAGGUCCCUUGAGCCCACGUUUUCGUGGUGAGCAUGCACUCCGGCGAUAUCCUACAGGGGAGGAACGUUGUAUUGCUUGCAAACUUUGUGAAGCUAUUUGUCCUGCUCAAGCAAUAACCAUAGAGGCUGAGGAGCGCGAAGAUGGAAGCCGUAGGACUACUAGGUAUGAUAUAGACAUGACGAAAUGUAUCUAUUGUGGAUUCUGCCAAGAGGCAUGCCCGGUUGAUGCCAUUGUCGAAGGACCCAACUUUGAAUUUUCAACAGAGACUCAUGAGGAACUCUUGUACGACAAAGAAAAGCUACUUGAGAAUGGAGACCGCUGGGAAACUGAGAUUGCAGAGAACCUCAGAUCUGAGAGCCAUUAUCGUUAAAAUGUUUUUUCGCUGGAUGGUAUGCGCUUGAAAAAAAUAAAGAGAUCUGUAUAUGGGUCUAGAAGAUAUUUGUAUUCCAAGUUUUGUCAUUUGGUAAAUGUUUAUUAUCGCAUUCCUUCUUCUGCAACAUGUUAAAAUGUAACAUGACAGGUAAGGGACUCGAGAUGCAGCUUCAAUUUCCCUCUUUGUAGAACAUUUGAUUUUAUGGAAUGAGCGGGAAACAUGGCAAUCUAUUUGAACUUCAUUUUUA